AAUGUACUUGAAACCAUUUUUGAAGAUGAGAAUCUCGAAGAUGUUGAGAUGCUUGAUGUAGAAGAGGGAGAGUUGGUUGAGGUUAGUACAGAGGCUGAACAUGGAGAGAGCAAUGCUGGCAUAGAAGUUAAGGUUGGAAAUUCUGAAGGCUGCACCAAUAAUCCAGGAGAAAAGAAGAAUAAGAAGAAGAAGAAGAAGAGCAAGAGAAAGAGAGGCAGUUCAGGUCCUAAUGUGACAAAUAUCAACAGAUUUGUACUGGAUGUCUGUAGGCGCUUGAAAGAGAGGAAGUCUUAUUUGGUUUGGGCUGCUGUGGGUUGCCUUGGUGUCUCUGCUUUGGGUGAUCUUGUAACAGAGGUGGAAGCAAUUCAGGCCUGUGGAGGUCAGAAAACUGCAGAUGGUAGACGUUUCCGAACAGGUGGUGGCAUAUUGUGGAGUGUCCUUAAAGUCCGUGAUCCAAAUGCUUACAAAGAGAUUAUGAGAAGAGGAAAGGAAUUUGAGAAGCAAUUUAAGCCACAAAAUGUCAACCUAGAUACCAUGCACAACAAAGAAAACCCUUCCCAAACUACUGGAGAAGUUGUGGAUGGCCUUCAAGAGGCAUCUCAUCAGGAGAACCAGCUCAAACAAAAUACUAGCGAGCGGAAUCGAGUAUCUGUGCAUGAGCGUGUUAGGAUACCAGUUGCAUAUGAUGAUUUGCUUGACGGAGAGAAUCCUGGAGAUGGAGGAGCAUCUGUAGCUUAAAUUGCAUGUUGUUAAUGCUUGAACGACCUCAUUCUAUUAUAUGAGAGAAUUUUUCCAU